AUGAUGAUGGAUCAAUUCCAAAAUAAACAUGCUAUGGCUAACAACAUUAGUCAAUUACAACCACAAAAAUUAAGUUCAAAUGUUUGGAUAGGUCCAUUAAAUUCAGUUGCACAAAAUGUUUUCCUUUCACAAAAUAAUAUUAAAUAUAUUAUUGGUAUAAUGCCAUCACAAAAGUGUGUUUAUUAUUUAAAAUCUUUUUCAAAUGAUACAAGUUGUUGUGUUUCAUUUGAUCCAAAUUUUAAUAUUCAAAAAUUAACUGAAGAUGAAGGUGAAUUAAUUAUGAAAUUUAAUUCAAAAUUUUCAAAUAAUUUAUCUUAUAUAACUGAUAAUAAACUUUCAAAUUCAAUUAUAACAAAUAUUGAUUUUCAAAAAAUGUUAUCAGAUUAUUUAACUUUAAUUCAUUCAAUCCAAGAAAAAGAUCCUCAAUGUGGUAUCUUGUUAUUUUCUCUGAAUGGUAAUGAUAAUGUUUUAUCAACAUUUGCCAUGGCGGGUAUUAUAGAUCAACAUAAUUGUGAUAUAUCAUCUGCAUUCAGUUACCUAAGAUCUAUUAGACCAAGUGUUGCUCCAAUUGAUGAAUUUGGUUAUUAUGCUCAUGAAUUAAUGAAAUUUCAAUUAAAUAAUAAAGCUUUAAAACAAUUUGGUGGUGAUGAUGGUUCAACUCCAACUAAAAUUAAAAGAGAUGCAAGAGAUGCUCUUGGUGAAGAAGGUGAUAUUCAUCAUCAUAGUCCAAGAAAUGUUAAAAGAACAAUCUUGUAA